AUUAACCCCCAUGCAAAACUAAUCUUCCUCACAAGCUUACUCCUAGGAACAACCAUUACAAUCUCAAGCAACCAUUGAAUAUCAGCCUGAGCAGGCCUAGAAAUUAAUACUCUCGCCAUUACCCCCCUCAUUUCAAAAUCCCACCACCCACGAGCCAUCGAAGCCGCAAUCAAAUAUUUCCUAGUACAGGCAGCCGCCUCAGCACUAGUCCUCUUCUCAAGCAUAAUCAACGCAUGGUCCACAGGACAAUGAGAUAUUACCCAACUAAACCAACCAAUGUCAUGCCUCUUACUAACAACAGCGAUUGCAAUAAAACUAGGCCUAGUACCAUUCCACUUCUGAUUUCCCGAAGUACUUCAAGGGUCACCCUUAACCACUGCCCUUUUACUAUCCACAGUAAUGAAAUUCCCCCCAAUCACAAUUUUAUUCCUGACAUCCCACUCACUAAACCCAAUAUUACUAACCUCAAUGGGCAUUGCCUCAGCAGCCCUAGGGGGUUGAAUGGGAUUAAAUCAAACACAAGUCCGAAAAAUUUUAGCCUUCUCAUCAAUCUCCCACCUAGGCUGAAUAACCAUCAUCAUCGUAUACAGUCCUAAACUUACUCUACUAACCUUCUACCUAUAUUCCUUAAUAACCACUACCGCAUUCCUCACCCUCAACACAACUAAAGCUUUAAAACUAUCAACAAUAAUAAUCACAUGAACAAAAAUCCCCACACUAAAUGCUACCCUAAUACUAACACUUCUCUCCCUGGCAGGCCUCCCCCCAUUAACGGGCUUCCUACCCAAAUGGCUCAUCAUCCAAGAACUUACUAAACAAGAAAUAACCACAGCAGCUACAAUCAUCACCAUACUCUCACUGCUGGGGUUAUUUUUUUACCUCCGCCUCGCAUACUACUCAACAAUCACACUUCCACCAAACUCUACAAACCACAUAAAACAAUGGCAUACUGACAAAUCAACAAAUACCCUAAUUGCCAUCCUCACCUCUCUAUCAACCCUACUCUUGCCCCUCUCACCUAUAAUCCUCACCAUCAUCU